CUCCUCUCUCCAUCCAAGGCUGCGGAUCUGAGGUGAGGGACUCGCUCUGCGUGGCGGGUCUGAUCUUCCCCACAUAGCUGCAGGUGUGUGCGGGACGCUCAGGUGGAAACGCUCAUCUGAUGAAAGUCAUUGAUCGGUCGGGCUGUGACGUCACUCAGGCCGCCGUGGCAGGUAGAAGGUGUCCGGCCGCUUGGGAGGGAAAGGAGCGGCUGGUAAACAGGAAGUCAGGGGGAGUCAUGUGACCCAGAGAGAGGUGGAGAAGGGAGAGGGGGGGCUAUCUGGAUCACGUGACCAGGGGGUCAGGGGGGUCACGUGAUCCCCCUGGUCACAUUCCUGCUGAUGUUUCACCAAACAGAUACAGUUUCCCUCCAUGGAGGGCAUGAAAACUUUCUCUCUGCCCAGGCUGAAAUGUUUGUUCUCACAUGAAUGUUGUCUGGUUGCCCAUCAUGCAGAGCAUCAUGGGUAAUAGCGACAGCGUGAUGGUGCAGAAGCGGAUGGCCCGGUUCCGUCCAGAGGAGCGGUCCGUGAUCGACGGUGCGUUCGAGCGUCUGCAGGCCGGCGGCCCGGGGAAGACGCUCCAGCUGGAGGCGCUGCAGGCGUCCCUGGGGGCCCUGGUCCCUGUUGCCAUGGUGACCAGGACGUUCUGGGGCCUGUGCAGCAUCGAGCCGGGACGGGCGGAACCGGGACGGGCCGGCGCCACCCCGGGGCCGGACCGGGAGCAGCUGACGGUUUUCCUGGCAGACGUCCUGCGGGGGACGGCAGAGGAGCGCGCGCCGCUGGUCAUGGCCAUGUCCCACAAUGCAGCGGGGCGGCCGCAGGCGGUCAGCUGCCAGCAGGUGGCGGCGUUCCUGGAGGACCUGAUCACUGCUGUAGUUCACAUCCUGACCAGCAGGGGGCGCCUGCAGGGCUGGAGGCAGCAGCAGAUGGGCGACACGGCGCUGGGGGUCAAGCUGCUGGCAGAGCAGAUGACCUCUGACCUCAGACCGUCAGACCCGGCGACCUGCGACCUGUCCUGUCUGGAGGACUGGGUCUUCCGGGUGUCCCAGGUCUCCCAGUACCUGGAGGUUCUGGUGGCCGAGGGCCUGAACGUUUCCCUGAGAGGCCGGACGGCGCCGGACCUGCUGCCGCCGUGCCGGGACACGGACUGGACCCACCUGACCGUUCUGCUGGAUGUACCCACGCUCAUGUUCCUGGCUCCACAGCUGCCAGACGGCUGCAGCGCCCCCUGGAGGCUGGUCUUCUCCACGCAGCUGCACGGGGAGAGCUUCACCAAGAUGGUCGCCGCUCUGCAGCACCACGGGCCCACGAUGCUGCUGCUGCGGGACACCCGGGGCCACGUGUUCGGGGGCUACGCCUCCACCGCCUGGGAGCUCAAGCCCCAGUUCCAGGGUGACUCCAGAUGCUUCCUGUUCUCGGUUUUCCCCACGCUGAGGGUUUACACGGCGACAGGAUACAACGAACACUUCAUGUACCUGAACCAGCACCAGCAGACGAUGCCCAACGGACUGGGCAUGGGGGGUCAACACGACUACUUCGGCCUGUGGCUGGACAGCGACUUCGGCCGCGGUCACAGCCGCGCUCGCCCCAAAUGCACGACGUACGGAAACCCGCAGCUGUCGGCCGACGAGGACUUCGUCCUGGACGCUGUGGAGGUUUGGGCCGCAGGGAACCUGCCGGCGCCGCCCGAGGACGAGGAAGAGAAGGAGGGGAAGAAGAGCAUCCUGAAGGUGGAUCUGGAGGUCCAGGCCAUGAUGGAGCUGACGGGGAAGACUCUGCACAGCGAGGGCUUCAAUGAGCUGCAGGAAGACUUUGACUAGGCCAUGUGCGGCUGCAUGGACAGGAGGCGAUGCGUUCUGCUUCCUCACCCCCAGGUUGUUGUUCCAGUUGGAUCUUCGGCCCCCUUCAGGUCUCCAGGUUGAACUGCAGUUCAGCCCCUCCCCCACCCGUUACUGGCAGCAGUCCUGUUUGCAUGCGACUCCCCUGACUGUAGAAGAGUUUCUGGAUGUUGAAUAGUUGAUGGUUAAUCUGUGAGAAUCAGAGUAUUAGUUUUGGUGUCCAAAGUGUGGCCCGGGGCCUUUGUGGCUCUAGAAAUGAUUUUGUUUGGCCCCUGACCACAAGUCAAGAAAUGUAAAAAUUUUGGCCAAUUUCAGUUUCCAAACUGACAUUUUGGAAAAUAUCUGUUUUUCUUUUAAUAAGCCAACAGUCCGAAGGUCUUUUUAUGUAAAACACAAAACCUGACCAAGUACUUACAGUUUGUAGCACAAAAGUUUUAAUAAGAAAUAAGGACCAAUAAUUUAACUCAUAACGAGACGCUGAAAUAAUCUGCUAACUUUUUCACCAAAUUUUAAUGUUAGUUAGUUUUGUCUUAUUUCAUGUCUGCUGAGAUGUUUGCUCUAGAAACUUUAAAUACUUGGUCAGAUUUAGUGUUUUUGCAGUUUCAACAGAUUUCAUUAAAAAUACUUUUGUUGAGCAGGUAAAACUAAAAAAGAAAAAAAUUUAAUAAUCACAAAUUUUUGCAUUUUUAAUUCAAUGACAUUUAGCUGCUUUAAAUUAGUCCGUUUUGGCCCCCAGGGCAAAAAGUUUGGGCCCCUGAUUCAAUGGUUGAUGAGUUGAAGCAAAAAGAGCUGCAGCUGCUGCUGACCCGGUCCAGAACCAGUCCAGUACAGAACCUGCCCGGAUCCGGCUCCUCGCCUGCUGAUGGGUUUUUAUGGUUUAAAUGAAGAAAGUUUUGGGUUUUCUGCUCAAUGAAUAUUUCUGCAGCGUUUCUUUGGGUUAUUUUUUUUAUCUUGGGUAAUUUAAGAGACAAAAGAGCUUCAGCUGAUCUAUCUGAUGGAUUUCUACCUCAAAUCUGUUUCAGUCUGAAACUUUCUGCUGGUUUUUCAUUGCUUGUGGUUAAUAUCUUAUCCUGUGUGUGUGUGUGUGUGUGUGUGUGUGUGGUGAUUAUUGCAGUGCUGUAUCGAUGUAGUAAAGGUCCUGAUCAACGUGACUUUCUGUCUCUCUUCUCGUUUCUGAGCCGGACGCUUCAGGUGACUGAAGGAGUUUUUAUGAAGGAGCAUCAGAGGAACAGUGGCAGAAUAAAAUGCACACCACA